AUGGCUGCACCCCCACUCCCCGUAAAUCUGAUGCCCGACCAAACGAGCCCCGAUUGGUUGAACAAGGGUGACAAUGCGUGGCAACUCACGGCGGCCACUUUGGUCGGCAUGCAAAGUAUUCCAGGCCUCGUCAUCCUCUAUGGCAGCAUAGUGAAAAAGAAAUGGGCUGUGAACUCGGCCUUCAUGGCCUUUUAUGCGUUUGCUGCCGUGCUUGUUUGUUGGGUCGGGUGGGGCUACCAACUAUCAUUCAACGUCGACCACAAAUUAACUCAUUUCCUAGGCAGGCCCAAUGUAGCCUUAAAUGAAGAGUUUCUUUUCAGAAAAGCAUUUGCGGGGAACUUUCCCAUGGCGACAAUGGUGUAUUUUCAGUUUGUGUUUGCAGCCAUCACACUGAUUUUGAUUGCUGGGGCAUUGCUGGGGAGGAUGAAUUUUUAUGCAUGGAUGUUGUUUGUACCACUUUGGCUUACCUUCUCUUACACUAUUGUUGCGUUUAGUAUAUGGUGCCCAUCUGGUUGGUUGGCAUCGAUGGGCGUUAUUGAUUACUCUGGAGGGUAUGUUAUCCAUCUCUCCUCUGGGGUGGCUGGCUUCACGGCAGCUUAUUGGGUGGGACCAAGGGCACUGAAGGACAGGGAGAGGUUCCCACCAAACAAUAUCAUUAUGAUGCUGACGGGAGCAGGCCUACUAUGGAUGGGAUGGACAGGAUUCAAUGGUGGAGAUCCUUACAACGCUGGUAUAGACGCACCUCUAGCUGUCAUUAACACCCACGUCUGUACGGCCACAAGCUUGCUGACUUGGCUCAUUCUAGAUAUUAUAUUCUUUAAAAAGCCAUCUGUGAUUGGAGCCACUCAGGGCAUGAUCACUGGUUUGGUCUGCAUCACCCCAGCGGCAGGAGUGGUUCAAGGUUGGGCAGCAAUUCUAAUGGGACUCAUGUCGGGUAGCAUUCCAUGGUACACCAUGAUGGUCCUUCACAAAAAGCUCCCCUUCAUAAAACAUGUAGACGACACUAUGGCUGUAUUCCACACCCAUGCAGUUGCCGGAAGCCUAGGUGGGAUCCUCACCGGCUUCUUCGCUGAGCCCAAGCUCUGCCGCAUCUUCUAUAAUGUAGCAGAAUGGGAGCACUAUAUAGGCCUUGCCUAUGGGCUCAGAGAUGGUCGUUCCAAUGCAGGGUUAAAACAGAUGGGACUUCAAAUUCUUGGAAUUUUGUUCGUAAUAAGCGUCAACAUUGUUGUGACCAGCAUAAUUUGUGUGUUGAUUAACUUUGUAAUUCCACUUCGACUGUCGGAGGAUCAGCUGGAGUUUGGGGAUGAUGCCAUUCAUGGGGAGGAGGCCUAUGCUUUGUGGGGGGAUGGGGAGAAGGAGAAGUUUGAGAAUUCUAAGAACAGAGGUGAAGUUCAGAUGGCUUGA